UCUCUCCCAAAUCCCGCACACGCGAUUUCUUUUCGUCGGCGCACACGCGAUUUCUCUUCGUCGGCGCACGAUUUCUUCUUCGUCGGCGCACACGCGAUUUCUUCUCAGGCUGCACGCACGCGAUUUCUUCUUCGGCUUGCACGUGAUCUUCUUCUCCGGUCCCAAAUCAAGCACAGCUCUAAGGGCUCUGACUUAAGGGGCAAGAGAUCUUCUUCUCUAGCUCCAAAUCACGCACGACUCUAAGGUGCGCAACCCUCCGGCUUAAGGCGCACGCGAUCUUCUUCUCCGGCAUUCUUUCCACGAUCCACCGAACAAGCUUAAGCUCAGGAACAAAGCUCUUAGAUAAUCCUUUUUAAGGAAGCAUCUUAGGCAAUAUUCCUUAUUAUAUUGGUAUGGAUAGCAACGGUAAAGUAGGUGCCUAUGAAGACCCUUCAUGGAGAACUUUGUGAUGUGUAUGGCAGGGGUGCACCUGACAUAAAAAAAGCUGAACUACAAUUGAUGAGGUGGGAAGAUAAAUUUCAGAUGAUAACGUGAUUAAUGAUGCAAGCUGCGAAGAAGAUAGUUCAUUCGACGAAGAGGACCUAAUCAAGGGUCUCAAAUUCCAACCAAUAUUGAUGGACGGACUAAAAUAAAUGUGGUUAUGAAUAAAUUUGUCGAAAAUGAAGUUCUUCGUGAAAUUACAAAUGAUAUCAAAGGAGUGAUUAAAGGAGUAUGGCCAACGUGGAAAAAGGUGCCUAGUGAUAUUAAAGAUUUACUUUGGGAAAAUUUUAAGUUGAGAUAUAAUUGGGAUAAUUUUACCGACAGAGAAAUGAAAAAGGUAUGGAAUGAAAAUUCAGGUGAGAGAUACAGGGCAUCCAUUCAUUUGGCUAAGAAAGCAACAUUAUCAUCUGCACAAGAAGAUUUAGGAAGGAAAUCAGACAUAUUAGAUAUGAUAGGUAGAGGACCUGAUUGGAUGAAAGCUAAUAUAUGGAAUGACUUGGUUAAAAUUCAUUGGAAUAAACCAGAUCACAAGAUCAAAUGUGAAAUUGCACGGAAGAAUAAAAUGGCAGCGAAGGAUGGGUCUACUAUCAAACAUACUGGGAGUUCAAUUUCUUUUGUAGCACACCGUGAGAGAAUGAAAAAAGAUUUGGGACGAGAUGUGGAUGAAUUUGAGGUUUUUGAACGAAUGCAUAAAAGAAAGUAAGGUACUGGAGAGUUUGUGGAUAACAAAUCGGUUGUUAGUGAACAAUAUAAAGAGAAACAAAAUGUUGAUGAUUAGUCUACUCGACCUUCAUUCAAUCUCAAAUCAUGGUGUGAUGUGGUGGGCGAUCCAUGUAAGAGGAGGGUGUACGGAUUUGGACGCAAUCAACAUUUUAGAAAAUCAUGCAAUGGAAGUUCCAAUGAAAUGUGCUCUCAUGAGAAGAACAAUGAAUUAUCUCAAGAAAUUGAAAACAUGCGUGCUAUUAGCAAGAGGAUGGAGGAAGAAAUUACUGAAAGCAAAAAUAAAUUGGAACUCAUUAUCAAAGAAAAUAGACAGAGGGAAGAACAACUUAUCGAGGAAGGUAGGCAAACAGAAGAAAAUCUAAAAGAGAUGGUUUGUAAAAUGAUUCAAGAGGCGGGAUAUACAAAUCAUUUAAGCGAAAUAAAGAUUAAAUUACUUUAUCUUUGAUUAAUGGUUAAAUGUAUUUAGAUGAUGUGAAUAUUUACUUAUUUCAAUAUUAAUUUUAUGAUACUUUUGUAUUA